AUGAGAGCCUUGUUGUGCGUUCUCGCGUUGGUCGGACUCUCGUUCGCCUCGCAAAAUCCGAUCCGAGCCGAUCGUUUCGCUGACACUUGUGACGAUUGCCAAUCGUUAGUCUCCCGUUUCAUCUCGGCAUCUCGCGAUCAGACUCGUCGCGCUCAACUCCAAUCUGCGCUCAAUGUUGCCUGCUCGUACGCCCCAAGAUACAAAGCUGAAUGCAAGGUGCUCGUGAAGAACAUCGAACGCGUCGUGCUCAAGAUGGAACCAUACAUGAAGAAUCACCGUGCCGUUUGCAAGCGUCUCCACUUGUGCGACAGUCAAUCGGAGAUUGCUGCUUUCGCCAAACUUUUCAUGUUGGCCGCAAAACAACAUAUGGAUAUGAUUGAUGGACAACAAGACCAAUUGUGUUCCGAAUGUCAAAUGACUGCUGAGGGAAUCUCGAAGGUGAUUGGAGAGAAGGGACGUCAACAGCGUCUCCUCCGUUUCACCAAGAAAACCCUUUGCGACAACACCGGAAAGCAUAAGGAGAUCUGCAACAACGCCGCCACCGAGCUCAUCCCGGCUUUCUUCACCGACAUGGAAGGACUCUUCGCCGACAGCAACAAGGCCUGCCAAGCUAUGGGAAUGUGCAAAUCGCCAUCCGCGCACCUUCGCCAACGCCGCCCCGAUGUCAAACUUUACGAGGUGAUGCGCCGUUUCUGGGACAAAUCACCAAAGACACAACAAGGAGACACACUUGAGUGCUUUACUUGCGAGCUCGAGAACGAAGUCCUCUGCGACGAGUUGGCCAAGCCGACUUCGUGCCAAAACAUCGCCAAUCAAAUUCGAGAUGCUGUCUGCCCCAAGUUGCCCAAGGACUACUUGGCCGGAUGCGAGGACUUCCUCAACCUCUACGCCCCAACUGUUGUUGUGAUGACUGUGGAGCAAAUGGAUCCGAUUGCCAUGUGCCAAAAGUCAGGCAAAUGCCCUAAUAGCACUUUGGCCACUAUGGCCAUGAUGAGCAAAGCCGACAAGAAGGCGAUGGCCUGCGAUGCUUGCCGCGCAACCACCACAUAUUCCCGUGAAGGACUCAAGGAGCCACAAUUCAUCUCCGACUUGGUGGCUGGAGUCGAGAACCUCGCGUGCCAGGCCUUCCCCGGAAUGUACCAAGACUUGUGUGGAACAAUGGUUGAGACCUUCGUCCCCCAGCUUCUCAACUCGUUCAUCAAGGCUCUCGGUGAUCCCGAGAUUUGCGAGAAGCGUGCCCUCUGC